CCUUUCUCUUCGCCUCAGUCACUUCCUUCCUCGGCUUCUUCCUCCCCAGUGCGUUGAAGAAGGCAACCAGCCCGCACCGACGCUGCCGGUUUUCUCGGAAAAGAACAGGAGGCAGAGAGGCAGCAAUGAAUGUCGAUCAUGAAGUUAAACUCUUAGUGGAGGAAAUUCAUCGUCUUGGUUCAAAAAAUGCUGAUGGAAAAUUAAGUGUGAAAUUUGGGGUCCUCUUCCAAGAUGACAAAUGUGCCAACCUCUUUGAAGCACUGGUAGGGACUCUAAAAGCGGCAAAACGAAGGAAGAUUAUUACAUACUCAGGAGAGCUACUUUUGCAAGGUGUUCAUGAUGAUGUUGACAUUAUAUUGCUUCAAGAUUAAUGUGGUUUGCAUAGCUCUGUUUAUUGUUUUUUGUUUGUUUCUGGUAAACUGGAAUAUUAAGUCAAAGGACAAACAUACAAACCUACUUAAUGUAUUUUUAUAGAACUUUAUAAACAAAAGGAGACUCAUUUUAGAAGUCUGUCCUUUUUUCUAUCUUGAAAACAAAUUUGUGUGUUACACUGUAAAAUGAACAAAACCUAUUAUUUUUCUCAGGAAUCUGGUUGGAGAAUGUAAACAACGGGGCUUUUUUGGUGAGGGUACCAGGAAUGUUUGUUUCAUAAAUUAUUCGUAGACAAU